AUGAGCAUCUUCAAUCAUGUUGAUGAACGGAUGGAAUUGAGGCUUGUGGGGCACAGGAGUGCAGCUCAUUGGAGUCUGGCAGGAAUUGUGGUGCUUGGAUUAAACAGAUCUCAUGCCAAGAAUGCACUUAACAAAAACCUUUUAAAAAUGAUGACAAAAGCUGUGGAUGCUUUGAAAUCUGAUAAGAAAGUACGAACUGUUAUAUUCCGGAGUGAAGUCCCAGGGAUAUUCUGUGCUGGUGCUGACCUUAAGGAAAGAGCAAAAAUGCACUCAAGUGAAGUUAGUUCUUUUGUCUCAAAAGCAAGAGCAACUAUUAACGAACUGGCUAAUCUCCCAGUACCUACUAUUGCUGCAAUAGAUGGGACUGCAUUAGGAGGUGGUCUAGAACUUGCUUUAGCCUGUGACAUACGAGUGGCAGCCUCAUCUGCUAAAAUGGGCCUUGUUGAGACAAAGUUGGCAAUCAUUCCAGGUGCAGGGGGCACUCAGCGAUUGCCUCGCACAAUUGGUGUAUCUUUGGCCAAGGAGCUAAUCUUCUCUGCACGCAUUUUAGACGGCGAGGAAGCAAAAUCCAUAGGGCUGAUCAGCCAUGUGGUAGAACAGAAUGAUGCUGGGGAUGCUGCCUACAGGAGAGCCUUAGCUCUAGCAAGAGAAUUUUUACCUCAGGGACCUGUAGCCAUGAGAGCUGCAAAACUGGCUAUCAAUCAGGGAAUGGAGGUGGACUUAGUAACCGGUUUAGCAAUUGAAGAAGCUUGUUAUGCUCAGACUAUUCCAACAAAAGAUAGAAUUGAAGGUCUUCUUGCCUUUAAGGAGAAAAGACCACCUCGCUACAAGGGAGAGUAGAAGAAGCAGAUGCCUUUAAAAUGCAAGGGGAUAAAUGUACUCUUAGGAGUACUUUGCAUCAGCACCUGGAAUAUUACAGCCACCAAAGUAAAAGCAAAUCAUACUGGCAUUGCAGCAUUUUGUAUGUGUCCAUACUAGUACUGGGCCCUGAUAAAUGUUUGUGCAUCAGUUCAUGGUCAUUGCAGUUUCUAAAGUUUGCUCUAUGUACUGGCAAAGUCACAGGCUCAUGCAGCAUUUUAAAAUUUCAUAUAUAUGAAAUUUAUCAUUCCACAAACAAAAGAGCUCUGUAAAUUCUUUAUAUAGAUAAAGCUUAGAUGUGAUGUUAAGUGUAAGUCUGCUGUAUCAUUUUAUCAAAAUAAAAGUGACUUCUACACACCAAAAAAGGAAUUGUACCAAAUAUAAAUUACAAAUGGUUCUGUAUAUCAGUAAAAAUUAUAUUUGAAUAUUCCAGCUGAAUAUGUACCUUAUUAAUAAAGCUGAGGGAAAUGAAAAGGAUUACUGUUUGGAAAAUGUUAAAAUUUAUUUAUCUGUCUUAGACCAUUAUAAGAAAAAUGAAAUUAACUUUAAGAAUAGUACAUAAUGGUGUCCUUUUGAUGAAGUCAUUGCCAUUAAAUUGAUUUAAUUGUAACAUUCAGACAUCUUCAAAGCUAGCUUUUAAUUAUACAUUCUUGUAAGUUAAAAUC